GAUAAGUAUAUUUUAUUCCCCACACGCGCGCCAAUCUUUUGCCGAAUUGGUUUUCCUCCCAAAAGCAACAAUUCCCCCUUGCACGCUCACACAGAAAGAAUCCAUGAAUGAAAAGUCUUAUUAAAAGUCUCACUUGAGCGCGACUGAGAGUUCAGUACAGCAAAACCCGUUCCUGUGGUAAAACGUGUCUCUCGUGCGCUCACAUCAUCGCGCUGAGUCACUUGUUGAAGUGCUGUAAUAAAUUGGGGAUUGGGAAAAAGAGUGCGAACAAUCAUGAAACUGUGCAUUAAAAUUGUCACUUUGGUCGCUUGUGUCGUGAAAUUUCACGCAUGUGCCGAAGAUGCGAGGCCAAUUGAUGAGUCCCUCUUCGAUUUCACGCGAAAUCUGCACCAGGAAAAGUCUCCCAGUGACACGACGGAGAAUCUCGUUCUCUCUCCACUCGGGUUUAACCUCUUGCUGGGUCAAAUCGCAGCCGGAGCGAAUCCCGUUCUCGCUGAGGCGAUUGGCAAAUUUUUGGGAUGGAACAAGACAAACCUGACCGACAUUAUUGACCACCACGAGCGACUUCUUCUGACCUACAGCAGUGCCAAAGACGAUCAAGAUUCACUGCAAAUUCAUAUCAAUUCGGCACUCUUCCACCGAGAAUACAUCAAUAUUCAGGAGGAGUUCAGGGAAUUGCUGCAGAAGCACUACAACACCGAACUGAUAAGCCUGCGCGAGAAUGCCACCGACAGGGAGAAUCAGAAGAUAGUGAAUGACUGGGUGAGGAAUGCCACUGAGAGCGUGAUAAAGGAUUUUCCUCUGUCUGCAAACGCCAUUGCACUGUUCGCCAAUGUUGUGUACUUCAAUGCCAACUGGCAAGAGCCAUUUUCGCAUCAACUCACGCGCAAAGGGCAAUUCUUCAGCACACCGGAAAAGAUACAAAAUGCCACGUAUUUGAUGGGUCAGCAGGACAUUCUGUACAUGGAAGAGCCGCAGAUGAACUUCAAGAUGAUUCAAUUGCCGUACAAUUCGUCAAAGUACAACAUUUCCAUGUACAUUCUGGCGCCGCAGAAGCACAAUCUCAGGGAAAUCAUCACGCAAAUGACUCUCGAGAAAUUCCUGAUGUACAAAGCCAAAAUGACCCUCAAGACGGUGAACAUCAAGAUGCCGAAGUUGUCGCUCAAGUCAAAGAUUCACAUCAAAGACACUCUGGCGAAAUUCAUGGACAAUUCGACGCAUGAGGACUUCUUCGCCCUCAGCAAAGUGUCCAGCGACUCGAGGAGUGUUCUCAGUGACGUCGUGCAAGAGUCCACGUUCAAUGUGCACGAGAAGGGAACGACUUUCGCCUCCUUAUCAGCUGGCUAUAUCAAUUAUGACGGAACCGCACGGAAUUGUCGUGUCGACAAGCCCUACUUGGCCAUCAUCUUGGACGACACGACGAAUGUUGUCCUCUUCUGGGCCAGCAUUUAUCAACCAAUUGUCAACAGCAAGAACUGAGACUUUUACCACUUCUAUUUAAGUAUUUAUACUCGACUUUUAGUUAUUAAAUAAAAAUGCCAUAUAAUCAAAAAUUGAAC